GCAUUGAAUGUCACUUUGCAUGAUGAAAAUUGGUUGUGGCAUCAUAGAUACGGGCAAUUGAAUUUCCAGGGGUUAGUACAUUUGUCAAAACAGAAUUUAGUGCUUGGAUUGCCUAUCAUUAAACAAGUUGAUGGUGUGUGUGAAAGCUGUGUUUAUGGCAAACAUCAUCGAGAUGCUUUUCCCAAAGGAAAGGUAUUUUAUUGUCUUUGUUGAUGAUUUUAGUAGACUGACAUGGGUUUACUUUCCCAAAGAAAAGUCAGAUGCCUUCCCAAUCUUUAAAAAAUUCAAAGCUCUUGUUGAAAAGCAAAGUGGAUGUUCAAUCAAAGUUCUACGGACAGAUCAAGGUGGGGAAUUUGUUUCAGCUGAAUUUAACAAAUUUUGUGAAGAUUUCGGCAUCAAAAGGCAGUUGACAGCAAGCUAUACCCCUCAACAAAAUGGGGUAGCCGAAAGGAAAAAUAGAAGCCUUGUGGAGAUGGCAAAAAGCAUGCUGAAAGCAAAAGGUCUUCCAAACAGUUUCUGGGCAGAAGCAAUUCACACCGCAGCUUAUAUUCAGAAUCGCAGUCCCACAGCAGCUCUGCAUCAUCAAACUCCUUUCGAAGCUUGGCAUGGCUGGAAGCCCAAGGUAGCUCACUUUAAAAUUUUCGGGUGUCUAGCUUAUGUCCAUGUUCCAUCUCAAAAAAGGACAAAAUUUGAAGAAAAUAGUGUGAAGUGCAUUUUUCUUGGUUAUAGUGAUGAAACUAAAGGUUACAGAUUUUAUAAUCCUAUUACCAAGAAGUUACUAAUCAGUUGUGAUGUGAUUUUUGAUGAGAAAAAUUCAUGGAAUUGGAAUGAGAAGAAAAGUCCAGGUUCUGUGUUGGUUGAUGGCAUUUUGGAGGAUGAUCCAGUCAUGACUGAAGGUGAAAUGGGUGAAGGUCAAAUUUCCUCUACACCUAACAGUGGCAGCAGAUCAUGUCCAUCCUCACCUGAGGCACCUCCAGCUCCAAGGAAAGCAAGGAGAGUAAGAUCCUUGGUGGAAAUCUAUGAACAAACUCAAAGGUGUCAAAUGGCACAUGUCGAGGAGCCUAGCUGUUUUGAGGAAGCAAUGGAGAACAAAAAAUGGUGCAAAGCUAUGGAUGAGGAAAUAGAAGCCUUGGAAAGAAAUCAAACAUGGGAGCUUGUGGACUUGCCUAAAGACAACAAAGUUGUAAGUCUAAAGUGGGUAUACAAGACCAAGUACAAUUCUGAUGGGUCAAUUCAUAAACACAAGGCUCGGUUGGUUGCUAGAGGUUACAUGCAGCAAGAAGGUGUGGAUUUUUACGAAACUUUUGCACCGGUUGCCAGGUUUGAUACUAUUCGAACUGUUUUAGCUUUAGCUGCUCAACAUAAGUGGUAUGUUUUUCAGUUUGAUGUGAAGUCAGCUUUCUUGAAUGGAUUCUUGGAGGAAAAUGUGUAUGUACAGCAGCCUCAGGGUUAUGAAAUUGAAGGACAGGAGCAGAAAGUGUACAAGUUGAAGAAAGCACUUUAUGGUCUGAAGCAAGCACCAAGAGCUUGGUAUGAAAGAAUUAAUGCUCAUUUUUGCAGCCAUGGAUUUCAUAAAAGUCCAAGUGAGCCUACUUUAUAUAUUCAGACCAGAGGUGGAGAUGAGGUACUGUUAGUGUGUCUUUAUGUUGAUGAUUUAAUAUACACUAGCAAUAGCUCUUUUUUGUUGAAAGAAUUUAGAAGAAUGAUGGUUAAUGAGUUUGACAUGACUGAUCUGGGUUUAAUGAGAUAUUUUUUGGGGCUGGAAGUGGUUCAAAAUGGUGAGGGAAUUUUUAUUUCCCAAGAGAAAUAUGCUAAAGAUCUCUUUAAGAAGUGCAGAAUGGAAGAUUGCAACUCAGUGGGAACUCCAAUGGUUUCUAAUCAAAAGUUCAGUUUGGAUGAUGGAGAAGAAAAGGUUGAUGCUCAUGCCUAUCGCAGCCUUAUUGGGAGUCCUCUUUAUCUCACGAACAGCAGGCCUGAUAUUACUUUUGCCACCAGUGUGCUAUCUCGUUUUAUGCAGAGUCCAAGUUGUGUUGAUGACUGGCGUAGUACUUCAGGUUAUGCUUUCUUUUUGGGUUCCGGUGCUAUUUCUUGGAGUUCAAAGAAGCAAGCCUCUACAGCUUUGUCAUCUUCAGAAGCAGAAUAUAUCUCCUUAACAGCAGCAGCGUGUCAAGCCACAUGGACAAGAAGAAUUCUGGAGGAUAUGAAGCAAGUACAAGUGCAGCCAACAACAAUAUUUUGUGACAAUCAAUCGACCAUUGCGAUGACAAAAAAUCCAGUAUUCCAUAGUCGAACUUGUCACAUUAAGACUCGGCACCAUUUCAUAAGGGAGUUAGUGGCGAGUGGAGGCUUGGAAGUUGUUCACUGCAACUCAAAGGAUCAAGUCACUGACAUUUUUACGAAGCCACUUCCUUUGGAUAAGUUUAUCCAUUUAAGGGAUUUACUUGGAGUUUUAAAUUUCAACAUUAAGGGGGAGCAUGUUACAAUAUAAUGCUGAAAUGGGUUUUUUGCUUUGGUGUCAAUUUCUUUGCUUAGCUGUCAAUUUCUGGUUUACGUGUCUUCAAGAUAAAUUGCAGGAUUAGUUUAUAAUUUGACAGAGUCCAAGUUUGUUAUUGAGUCUUUACUUAGUGGAGUAUGGUUCCUUAUUUUUAGAGAUAAGAUUAGUUUCCUUUUUUGCAGAUCGUGGAGUCAUUGAGUCCUUAUAUUGUGCAAUCUGUUGCUCUACAUUUUCUAUUUAAAUGGGCACAGAUCAAUUGAAUAAAUAUCUUUAAUUCAG